UUACGUAUACGAGCCCGGAUGGUCUAGUGGUAAGCAGCCCUCAAGUCAAUGGUCUGUCUUGGCUUUCAGUGUCUAACUAAAUAAUAGGUAUGAUUCUCGCUUUGGGUGCGAGAGGCCCCGCGUUCGAAUCGCGGUUCGGGCCCAUCUUCUUUUUUUGUUUUUCAUCAUCCUUCCUCCCCAUCUACAUCAUAUCCAUUUCCAUAUUCUUUGUUCCACGAAAACCCUCUUUUCAUUGUUUUUUAUCCCCUCUCUUCCUCUCCCCAUACUUUUAUCUGAAUAUCACACAUUCCCCCUUCUGACCCAUUGGCACUUCUGUCUUACACAGAGACGAUGUGCAUUCUCAAUGAUCUUUUGAACACCAGCCCGAUCUCCUCAAAGAGAACUAAUGGAUGUCAAGACGCGCUUACUUU